UAAAAUCUUAAUUUCUGCCUUUGCAGUAUGGAAUGGUGUUCUUGGGAAAAAACACUUUGUGAAUAAAAGGGGACUCAUUGAAUUAUACGGAACCCUACAAUGUGGUACAAACCGAUUUCCUUUGCUCUAUGUAAGUUACGGAUGCUAUUGUGGUCCAGGAGGAAGUGGAUGGCCUGUAGAUGAAACAGAUUGGUGCUGCCAUAGACAUGAUUGCUGUUACGACUUUGCACAACGACAAGGCUGUCAACCUGAAAUACACGGAUAUAAAUGGACUUGUCAGAACAAUACUGUGAUAUGUGAUGCUGCUCUAGACAGAUGUCAAAAUAUAAUUUGCCAGUGUGACAAAGAAGCGGCUCAGUGUUGGAGAUUUGCACCAUUCAAAAAGAGCUAUGCCUUCUGGCCAUAUUAUCGUUGUGGUCCAAUAUAUCCUUCAUGUAGCUAUAGGCAUUAAUAGAUU